UUAUCUUUAAUACUUCUAUAUACAGUUAUACUACAAUCCGGAAAGCAUAAGUAUUUGGAUGUGACAGACACUCCUCUACAAUAUGCAGAACUUCUUAGGAAUCCAGAUGUUUCAAAAUUUCAGGGCUUCGAUUCAACCUUGCAAUCAAGGUCUUUUGUUGAAGAUACUUGUGUUGUAGCAAAAGAUUGUAUGCUCAUCAAUUCACUAGUCAGUGAAAAAUCAAUUGUGGAAGAUGGGUCUUUUAUUGCUCAUUCACACUUGAAGAGCUCAGUAAAAAUUGGAAGGAAUUGUGUCAUCAUUGGACUUGAUGGAGAAUCAUGUGAACUUAUAGAUGAUAUACCCGAUAAUAGCUUUGUUAUGGGGUUCAAUAUAAAGAUUGCUGGUUCUGGAGCACGAAAGAUAUUCUGCUGUGUUUGGAACUGCAAUAAAAUCAGUAUUUCUGACGAUAUAAACUCAAUAAUGAAUGAAUCCUCUGUCUCAGAAAAGAAAGAUAAAUUUGUUUUACGUGAUGAUAUUUUGAGAACUUUGAUUGGAGAAGCAUCUCCACUACCCCCAAGCUAUCUCAAUCUCCUUCCUCAAGAUGAAAGACUGAAUCACAAGACAUUUUUCACUGCCAAGUUGUUUCCUGUACUUCAUGCAAGAGAUACCAUAGAUAUUCAAGAUACACUUUGUCUUCUGAGAGAAUUUGUCAAAUUGAAGCAGUAUCAGAAAUGGAAAUCGUCUUGGAGGUUUUCAAUUUAUGAUUUGUUGGAGCAAACUGAUCACAAUGCUGAGUUUACUUAUAGAAGAGAGUUGUCAGUGAAGGUAUCUUGUGCAAAGUUGAAACAAAAUUUAAUACACAAUAAAGAAACACAUAUUCAUUCACUUUAUGUACUUGGAGUCAAUUCUGGGAUGCAUCAAAUGUUAUUGGCAGUCUUAGAUGAAGCCGCUCUUGAGUGUGUUUCUCUUGAAAAACCACAUCUUUGUGCUCGAGUGUUUUCAUGCAUUGCCGAGGUUCUCGCUUUAAUGGCUGGUGAACAUGCUGGACUACGAAGUGGGCCUGCUGCAAACAAGGAUUGGAAGAAAGCUUUACUAUUACUGGAAAAAAAUCAAUUGAAAGAUGGCAUCCUUGCAUUGGCAGAGAUCAGAUCUCACUGGCUACACAAUCCAGAUUUAUUAAUACGGGCUGCAAGACAUUAUGAGAGAGCAGAACAUAUUUUUAUCAAGCAUGCUUGCACAACGGUAGUUAAGUUUAUAAGGACUCUACCAGGGAAUGUGCUUAAGAAGGGUUUAUGGUUGUCUUGUGAAUGUCCUACAAGAAUAGAUCUCUCUGGUGGUUGGUCAGAUACACCUCCAAUAUGUUAUGAAAAUGGUGGGUCUGUCGUAAACGUGGCUCUAUUGCUUGAAAAUGAACGUCCAGUUGGUGCACGAGUAAAAGUUAUCAAAGAGCCAAUGAUUUCGAUGACAACAGUAAUGAAAAAAGAUAAAGUGUCUUUCUCUAACCCUUAUUAUGAUAUUGAAAAGUUCCGAGAUUACUGCCGACCACAAGCCCAGGAUGCAUUAUUAAAAGCCUGUUUCGUAUUUGCUGGAAUUGUUUCAUUGGAUUCCAAGUUAUCACUGGAAGAACAAUUACUGGAAAGAUAUGGUGGAGGACUAGAAAUUCAAACCUGGUCAGACUUACCUCGAGGAUCUGGACUCGGAACAAGUAGUAUUCUUGCAGGUGCAAUUAUCACGGUUUUGCUUUAUUCUGGAGGCCAUGUUGCUGAUUUAGAUUGUGUCAUGCAUGCAGUAUUGAUGGUUGAACAAUUGAUGACAACAGGUGGAGGUUGGCAAGAUCAAGUGGGAGGAAUGGUAGGUGGUAUCAAGCGAUGUUUUUCAAAGAAUGAACUUCCUCUGAAAAUAGGAAUGAAACCAAUUGCCGUCAGUAAAGAUUUCCUUGGGAAAUUUGAAGAAAGACUAAAACUGAUAUAUACUGGAAAAACAAGACUUGCUAGAAACAUGUUGCAGGAUGUCCUACGGAACUGGUAUACUAAAACUCAAAAAAUUAUCAAGAAUUGUAAAAAUCUUGUCAACAAUGCUCUUAAUUGUGAGGAAUCAUUUUUAAAAGGUGACAUUGGAGCAGUGGGUGAAUGUAUUAAUGAAUACUGGAAGCAAAAGAAAAUAAUGGCGCCUGGUUGUGAACCGGCGUCUUGUACAGAGAUAAUGAAAGUCCUGCAACCUUAUUCCGUAGGACAAACGCUCGCUGGCGCAGGAGGUGGAGGUUUUCUGUGUGUUUUAUUGAAGGAACCACAGACUAAAGAGUUUAUCUAUGAUCUAGUAAAAAAUAUAAAGGGUGCUGAAGAUUUGACUGUGUAUAAUGCUACGGUAGACAUGACUGGUGCUUUGAUAUCUACCACAAGUGUGGAUGACUGAUCAUCCUUUAGACCAGGGGUGUGCAACCUUUUUCGCAGGCGGGCCAAAUAUCAAUAACCGGGUGAAACCGCGGGCCGCACCUACAUUCAACACAGCUUUCUAUUAGUUGCAGGCACAAAAUGAUGUCUCUUUGUUAUUGAUCUCAUGUCAUCAUUAGGAGUCCUUGCAGAAAUGAUAAGUUAAAACGCCUAAAUUGUUAGCUUUUGUAUCUUUUAAUAAUAAUUUUUUUUAAACUGCUCUCCAGUUGCCUCCGCGGGCCGCACAAUUUUCCUUUGCAGGCUGCAUUUGGCCCGCGGGCCGCACUUUGCACAGCCCUGCU